CGGAGAGGAGGCAGGAUCCCGCGGAGAGCCGAGGGGCCGGGGCGCCGGGAGGGCUGCCGCAGAGGAGCGGAGCGCUGCGGAAGAGACUUCUGAGGUCUCAUGAAGGAAGGACAGUGCUGUAGCACAAUCAUUGCAAGCGAGUACUGUGCUUUCAUUGGGGGAAAGGCUGCUGUGACUCAUCGUAGGCAUGCUGUGCUCAAGCUAAGGGAUGUUUUCUAAAAGGAAGUAGUCCAAACUCUCCAUCCUGUUGAGGUCUGCGGCUUGGUUUGGAGAUUGUCACUGAAAACUUUCUUGCUGCAAAGAGACCAUGGCCACCUCCAGGCUAGUGGGGAGAUCUCCCAGGGAUAUUGCUGAUGUUAUGCAAAGGCUUCAAGAUGAGCAAGAGGCAGUGCAAAAGAGGACUUUCACAAAAUGGAUCAACACUCACCUGGCCAAGCGCAAUCCCCCCUUGGUGGUCAAUGAUCUAUUUGAAGAUAUCAAAGAUGGAGUUAUGCUACUUGCUCUUUUGGAGGUUCUUUCUGGUCAGAAACUGCCCUGCGAGCAGGGACGUCAUCUGAAGAGAAUCCAUUGGGUGGCUAAUAUUGGCUCUGCCCUUAAGUUUCUAGAAGGAAGGCGGUCCAUGUAUAGAGGAUCACCGAUUAAGCUAGUCAACAUCAAUUCAACUGAUAUUGCCGAUGGUAGGCCUUCUAUUGUACUUGGCUUGAUGUGGACCAUAAUUUUAUAUUUCCAGAUUGAAGAGCUGACAAGUAACCUUCCACAGCUGCAGUCAUUGUCUAGCAGUACAUCUUCUGUGGACAGUGUCGUCAGCUCUGAGGCUGCAAGUCCACCAACAAAACGGAAGGUAGUACCCAAAGUUCAAGGAAACGCUAAGAAGGCUUUGUUAAAGUGGGUGCAGUACACAGCAGCAAAGCAAGCUGGAAUUGAAGUCAAAGAUUUUGGACGAAGUUGGAGGAGUGGUGUUGCCUUUCAUUCAAUUAUUCAUGCUAUUCGUCCAGAGCUAGUGGACAUGGAGAAAGUGAAAGGAAGAUCUAACAGGGAAAACCUAAAUGAGGCCUUCACAAUUGCAGAAACAGAACUAGGAAUCCCAAGACUUCUUGAUCCUGAAGAUGUGGAUGUUGACAAGCCAGAUGAAAAGUCUAUCAUGACCUAUGUAGCACAGUUCCUGAAACACUAUCCCGAUCUUCAUAAUACAGCUGAAAUGCAGGAGAAUGAUAAAGAAGAUAGACUGAUGCUGAGAGACCUCAAAGUUUGGGUAGAACAGUUUGAAAGGGACCUGACCAGGACACAGAUGGCAGAAGCAAGUUUACAGGAAAAAUACCAGUCAUUUAAACACUUCCGAGUCCAGUAUGAAAUAAAGAGGAAACAGAUUGAACUUGUAAUCCAGUCUUCACGUAAAGAUGGUAAAUUGUCACUUGAGCAAGCUAUGGUGAAGCAAGCUUGGGACAGGGUUUCUUCCAGGCUACUAGAUUGGCACAAAUAUCUUGAUAAAUCUCUUCCUGCGCCUUUGGGUACCAUAGGUGCCUGGCUUUACAGAGCAGAGGCUGCCAUUGGGGAAGAAAUAAUUUUCCAGCAAGCUCAUGAGGAAACAGCAAAUAUGAUACAUCGGAAGCUUGAACAGCAUAAGGACCUGCUUAAAAACAUAGAUGGUCACAAAAAGGCAUUUCAAGGGAUCCACCGGGCUAGGUCUGUUAAUGGAGUCCCUGUUCCACUGGAGCAGUUAGACGAUAUGGCAGAGAGGUUUAAUUUUGUUGCAUCUACGUCUGAACUCCAUCUGUUGAAAAUGGAGUUUCUGGAACUGAAAUACCGUCUGCUGUCACUGUUAGUCCUUGCAGAAUCAAAGUUAAAGUCAUGGAUUAUCAAAUAUGGAAGACGAGAGUCGGUAGAACUACUUCUACAAAAUUAUAUUUCUGUUAUUGAAAACGGUAAAUUCUUUGAGCAAUAUGAAGUUACAUACCAGAUCUUGAAAAGGGCAGCUGAGAUGUAUGCCAAAGCUAAUGGCUCAGUGGAAGAAGCAGAGAAUGUGAUGAAAUUCAUGAAUGAAACAACAGCCCAGUGGAGGAACCUGUCGGUAGAGGUGAGAAGUGUGAGGAGCAUGUUAGAAGAAGUGAUUGCUAACUGGGAUCGAUAUAGCAGCACUGUGGCUAGUCUGCAGGCCUGGCUGGAGGAUGCUGAAAAAAUGCUGAAUCAGCCUGAACAUGCCAAAAAGGAUUUUUUCCGACAUUUACCUCAUUGGAUCCAGCAGCACACAGCCAUGAAUGAUGCUGGUAACUUUCUUAUUGAAACUUGUGAUGAGACUGUUUCCAGAGAUCUUAAACAACAGCUGCUGCUACUAAAUGGAAGAUGGAGAGAGUUGUUUAUGAAAGUUAAGCAAUAUGCUCGGGCAGAUGAAUUUGACAGAAUGAGGAAAGAAUACUUGGAUGGUGUUGCCACAUUGUCUGCCUUUGCUGAUUGCACUAAUGGAAAAUUUUCUGUGCCUGUUGAAGUGUCCUUUCUAAAUGUCAAGAUAUUUAUCCAAGAUUUGGAGGAUAUUAAACAGAAGGUGCCUGUGAUGGAAGCGCAGUACAAGAUAAUUACAAGGACAGCACAGCUUGUUACCAAGGAAGUUCCCCAAGAAGAAGUCAAUGAAAUGCUUGCAACUAUGACAGGGAUCAAAGCACAACUAAGCAAGACUAAGGAAUGUUGCCCUGUCCUGCUCUAUGAAGCUCAGCAGCUGCUGUCUCCUCUGGAAGAAUUAGAAAAGCAAAUUACAUAUUUUUAUGAGUCUCUUGAGAAAGUCAAUGAAAUAAUUUCUGCCUUAGAUCCUGAAGUGCAACCUGCAGCUGUUUUUAAACAAAACCACCAGGAUUUGGUAGCAUACCAAGAAAACUGCAAGAAAGCUCUGUCCAUGAUUGAAAGAAACAGUCAGGGCAUUCUGAAGUUUGUGGCUUCGAGUAAGGUGUUACAACAUUUUGAUCCAUUGAUGCUUCAGAAGAAGGUCACAGAGAUCCAGGUCACUUUUCAGGAUAUGGUCAAGAAGACUGGUGAUUGGAGAAAAAAGGUAGAAGCAAAUAGCCGUUUGAUGAAACAAUUUGAGGAGUCCAGGGCAGAGCUAGAGAAAGUGCUACAGAUUGCCAAUGGAUACCUAGAAGAAAAAGGAAAUCCUGAAGAACUUCUCAGAAAACAUACUGAGUUUUUCAGCCAGUUGGACCAAAGAGUGCUUAAUGCCUUCUUGAAAGCUUGUGAUGAACUUACUGACAUCCUUCCUGAGCAAGAACAACAUAGCCUGCAGGAAGCUGUUCGGAAACUCCAUAAGCAGUGGAAGGAUCUCCAGGUGGAAGCCCCAUAUCAUUUGGUCCAUCUGAAGAUUGAAGUGGAGAAAAGCAAACUCAUAGGCACAGUGGAAGAGUGUAGAUCUGAACUUGCUAGAGAGAACAAGCUGGUUGCCAGCAAGGGCAGUGAAAAGAUCAUCAAAGAGCACAAGUUUUUCUUCAGUGAUAAGGGACCCUAUCAGUUGUGUGAGAAAAGGCUGCAGCUGAUUGAAGAACUGUGCCUGAAACUCCCAGAAUGGGAUCAACUUAAGACUACAUCAGAAAGCAGCCAAGAAACCCUCAAGGAACUUAAAUCUCAGAUCGAUAGCACCUAUGUGAAGCUAAAAGAGAACGCUGAUAAAUGGAAGGAGUACAGGAAUAGAAUUUGUGAAUUAGCAAGCUGGAUUUCAUCAAAGGAGAGUGAGCUAAAGAAGAUUAAGCAUGAUGUCAAUGAUACUACCAAAUACAAACGAUUUAAAACAGCCACAGAGAUAAUUCGACAAGAUAUCAGCAAACAAGGAGAAAAUGUCAACUGGCUGAAAUCUAGACUUGCUGUUCUGACUGAGGUUUCUGCCGAGGAUGAAGCCAGAAAGAAAGAGGACGAGUUAUCUAAACUUUCUAGCGAUUUCAAGGGACUUCUGCAUUUGCUGGCUGAGAUUGAGAAGAUGUUAAGCACUGUUGGGGAUUGUGUCCAAUACAAAGAAGAAGUAAAAAGUGCCCUAGAAGAACUAAUUACCAACUCAAAAGAAGCCCAAGUCGAGGCUGAGAAAAUCUUAGAUACAGAAAGCUUAUUACAGGCUCAACAACUGCUUCUGCAUCAUCAGCAAAGGACAAAGAGGCUCUGUGCAAAGAGGCAAGAUGUUCAACAGCAGAUUGCGCGAGCUAAGCAGCUGCAGAUUGAAGGAGGACUGCCUAGCACAGUGCAAGAAGAUUUACAGAAGCUGGAAAGUACAUUAGAAAACAUGCAGCAGAAUAUGGAGAAACGGGAAGAAAAAUUACAGGUCACAGUAAACAAAUGGGAACAGUUUGAAAGAGACAAAGAAACAGUAGUCAAAUAUCUUAAGCAAGCAAGCUCUGCACUUGAACGGAUCUUAAGCUUUAGCAGUUUAGAGAGCCUCUCAUCAGAACUGGAUCAGACAAAGGAACUUUCUAAACAGACUAUAGCCAUUGCAGCACAGGCUGAGAAUCUUGUGAAGAACUCCUCUGAGAUACAGCUGGGCUCAAAGAACAAGCAAUCCCUUCAACAGCAGGCAAAGUCAAUCCAGGAACAAGUGAAAAAAGUGGAAGUUACCCUUGAAGAAGAUAUUAAAACCAUGGAAAUGGUGAAAAGCAAGUGGGAACAUUUUGGCAAUAAUUUUGAAGCUCUGUCCAUCUGGAUAACUGAAAAAGAAAAAGAACUGGAUACCUUGGAAACAUCAUCAUCUCCCUUGGAUAUGCAAACCAGCCAAAUGAAGGUUAUUAGUAAAGAAAUAGAUGGUAAAAUAAAUGGAAUCCCACGUCUAGAAGAGGAAGCUCAGUCGUUUUCUCAGUUUGUUACUUCUGGAGAAUCUGCCCAUGUUAGAGCCAAGUUAGCACAGCUCAGAAGGUACUGGGAAGAGGUUCGAGAUCACGCGCGCUGUCUGGAAGGGAUAAUCGCGGGGAAUGCAUCACAGCAGCAGAAAUAUGAAGAAAAUCUCAAACAGGUGCAGCAGGCUGUGUCUAGAUUUGAAGCAAAACUGGCUGAGGCAGCUACUUCAUGUUUUUCAUCAACGGAUACUUACAAAGCUCUUCAAGAUCACAUGGAUCUCUGCCAGGCUGUGGGAAAAUUGAACAACACUGUGACCUCCCUUUUAGCCUCUGCUCAUAAGGUCAGCAACAAAGAAAAAGCUAUUCAAGAGGUUACAGUGUUACAGGAGAGAUAUGAAAAGCUGCUAGGAAGAGCUAAAGAGAAACAAACCUUACUAGAGACUCUGCUAGCACAGUGGCAGAGGCAGGAGAAGGAGCGUUCUAUCUUCCUGACCUGGUUAGAGAGGUGUGAAACUGCAGCCGGACCUCCAGAGCAGUACGUUUCCGCUGACAGAGUCAAACUGGAAGGUGAAUUACAGUCAGCACAGGAUUUGCAAGCUGAUAUUACAUCCCAUGCUUCACUGUAUACCAGCCUGUUACAGUUAAAUGAGUCACUGUUCACAGCAGCUUCUGAAGAAAGCGUGAAAGCCAUGAAACAAGAGUUCGAAGAGCUGGAUGAGAGAUGGAAAGCUUUACCACAGACUGUUAGCAACAGGAUCAGUUUCCUUCAGUCUCUUGUUGCUGAACAUGGGGAGUUUGAUGAACUGCUGCUCAGUUUUUCAGAAUGGAUUAACCAGUUUCUUGGUGAACUGCAAGAAACUUCUGAGAUAAACACAGCUGAUCAGCGCCCAGCUGUAUGCCGCAAUCAGGACCACUCUAUGGAAGUGGAAAGCAAGAAACAGGAACUUCAAAGUCUGAGGGAACAUGUAGAAAAGCUGUGUUCUUUUAGUCGCCCAGAGGAGCACUACAUGCUACAGGGGAAGGCUGAAGACUGGAUCCUGCUCUUCCAGGAGGCCAGUCAAAUAACCAGCCGAAGACAAGAGGCUCUGAGUCAGCUUGGAGUGUUCCUAGAGUUACAUGCUGCUGCAUCAAGUGUGCUUGAUCACGUGAGGCACACAGUAGAGACUACUGGAAACAUGGAUAAGGCUCAGUCAGAACUGCUGGAGAAAGAACUGAGGGAAGUUGUUCAAGAUAUUAAUAAAUUAGCAUCUGCAGCAAUCAGUUUGGAUGGAGCCCUUACAAAAGCCCAAUAUCAUCUAAGACAUGGAAGUUCUGAGCAGAGGUCAUCCUGUAGGGCUAUGGCUGAUAAUCUGUGCUUAGAACUGGAGUCAGUCCAAAAUCUGUUGGGAACCAAACAGAGUGAAGCAGAAGCCCUUGGAGCCUUACAGAAGUCUUUCAUGGAACGUAAAGAACAAAUGUUAAAGAACAUUGAAGAUAUUGAGGAAAGAGCUGACAAAGAAGGAUUGAAGGAGCCAACACUUCAGGCACUACAACAAAGAUUAAAGAUCUUUAACCAGUUAGAGGAUGAACUGAAUUCUCACCAGCAUGAACUGCAGUGGUUGAUGGACAAAGCAAAACAAAUGGCCCAGAAGGAUAUAACAUUAGCGCCUGAAAUUGACAAAGAGAUAAAUCGUUUGGAAGCUACCUGGGAGGAUACCAAGAAACUAAUCCAUGAAAAACAGGAGCAGUGCUGCGUCCUGGUUGAUUUGAUGAAAGAAUAUCAGUGUUUGAAAUCAGCAGUAACUAAAGUAAUAGAGAAUGGUGACAACAUGACUAUGACCAAAUUCAUUUUGAAGGAUCAGGAGGAUAUCAAAAGGGCUUUAUCAAAGCAUGAAGCUGUCAAGAAUGAACUAAAUGACAGACAGAAAGAGCUGGAUGCCUUCACUAAUAAAGGAAAACACUUGCUAGCAGAGCUGAAGAGAAUUCAUAACUGUGAUCCCAUGCUGGUGAAAACAGAUAUGAACAGUACUGUGGACAAAUGGCUGGAUGUGUCAGAGAGGACUGAAGACAAUGUAGAAAAGUUGAGUGUAAGUGUGUCUCUGUGGGAUGAUGUCUUCACCAUUGGAGAUGAAAUUGAUAUGUGGUGCAGUAAUGCCAUCUCUCAAUUGAAUGAAGGUAUCAGCAACCUGAACAGCAGCCAGAAAAUGGAGGCCUUCCUGAAGGAAUUUCAGUCUGAAGUUAUAAAUAAAGGACAGAAGUUGGAGCAGCUUAGUUCAAAAGUUUCAGAUCUCAAAGAACUGACCAAUAGUCAAGAGUCAACUGCAGAUCUUCAGUUCCUAGAAGCAGAUUUAAGGCAAAAACUGGAACAUGCCAAAGAAAUGUCUGAGACAGCAAAAGAGACACUGGAAGAUUUCAGUGCUCAGAAGAUGCAGUUACUUAAGUUUAUAGAUCACAUGACAGACUGGCUUACAAAAGUAGAAGAGUCACUGUUAAACUGUUCUUGUAACCAGGAUCCCAAGAGCCUAGGUAAAGUGAAGGAAACACAAAAAGAGCUUCAGCUCCAGCAGAGCAGCAUCGAUUCGACUCAGGAGAACCUCAAUAGCCUGUGCCGCAAGUACCACACAGUGGAACUGGAGACUCUGGGCUGCAGUGUCACUUCACUGAUACAGAAGUAUGAAGCUGUGACCCAACUGUGUUCCAGAACGCAGGCCAGCAUGCAGGACUCUCUGGAGAAACACAUCCUCACUUUGAUGCAGGAAUUCCAGGAGUGGUUUUCUGGUGUGAAGGAAACAGUAAAAGAGUCGUCUGAUAGGUCUGGGGACAGCAAAGCCAUAGAAGCAAAGUUACAUGAUUUGCAGAGAGUGUUGGACUCGAUUAGUGAGGGACAGAACCAACUAGAUGAUGUCUCCAAGCAAGCAGAAAAUAUGUAUGCUUAUUUAUCCAAACCAGUUGUGAGCAGUAUCCAGGAGCAGAUAGCAAAGUCACACCAGGACUUCCAGGAGUUCCUGAAACAGUGCCUGAAAGAUAAAGAGGCUCUGGAAGAUUGUGCCUUAGAACUGGGAAGCUUUGAGGAUCAGCACAAGAAACUGACCCUGUGGAUCCGAGGAAUGGAGGAAAGGAUAAGUACUGAAGCACUAGGAGAGAGCAAACAGCACAUCCCAGAGAAGAAAAAUGAGGUGCAGAAAGUGGAAAAUUUUCUUGAAGAGUUACUGGCUGCAAGAGAAUCGUUUGCUAAACUUUCCCAGAGGGCUCAAGCUUUAAGUGAAGAAGGACAUGGUGCUGGGAGGGAAGUACGUCUUGCUUCGCAAAACCUCACCAGCUAUCAAAACCUAGUCAAAACUGUCAAGGAGAAGUUGCGAACAUGUGAGGUUGCACUCCAGGAGCAUCAAGCCUUGGAGGAAGCACUGCAGAGUAUGUGGUCCUGGGUGAAAGAUGUUAAAGAUAAGCUGUCUUCUGCGGAGAGCACUGUCGGCAGCAAAGCCACAUUAGAGAGGCGGCUGAUGCAAAUUCAGGAGAUCCUUUUAAUGAAAGGCGAAGGUGAAGUUAAGUUGAACAUGGCCAUUGGUAAAAGCGAACAAGCCCUUAGAAGCAGUAAUGAGGAAGGGCAGAAGAUGAUACAGACCCAGCUACAAACGUUAAAGGAUGUAUGGAAUGAUAUCAUCAACACUUCAAUGAGCUGUCAGAGCCGUUUGGAGUCUGUGAUUAGGCAGUGGAAUGACCAUCUGGAGAGGAAAAGCCAGCUGGACCAGUGGUUGGACUCAGUGGAUCACAAAAUUGAACAGCCUUUACAGACCCAGAUUGGUCUGAAAGAAAAGUUUUCUCAACUGGAUCACUUCCAGGCUAUCGUUUCUGAUAUAGAGGAUCACUCUAGUGACCUUCAUCGACUCACUGAACAAGCCAAGGAACUAUAUGAGAAAACUGAGGAUGCUUCUAUUAGGGAAGCAGCUGAAGAGGAACUGAAAACACAGUUUAGUGACAUCACCACUGUGGCCAAGGAGAAAAUGAGGAAAGUGGAAGACAUUGUGAAGGACCAUUUGCUAUACCUUGAUGCCAUCCAUGAAUUCACAGACUGGCUCCAUUCUGCAAAGGAAGAACUGCACCGCUGGUCAGAUGCGUCUGGAGAUACAUCAGCCAUACAGAAAAAACUAGCCAAAAUUAACGAGCUGAUAGAUUCCAAGCAGAUUGGUGCAAGCCGCCUAAGCAGAGUUGAGACGCUGGUUCCUGCAGUGAAACAGAACACAACUCCCAGUGGGUGUGAACUGCUAGAUGCAGAGAUGCAGGCCCUGCGGUCGGACUGGAAGCAGUGGGAAGAGAGCAUAUUUCAAAGCCAGAAGAAAUUGGAGGAUAUAGUUAGCCAAAUGGCCUCCUCGGAGCAGGAGUUCACAGCACAGGUUACUCAGCUGGAAAAGGCCCUGCAACAGUUCACCACGCUUCUUGCAGCCUGCUCUCAAAAGCUGACCCUCCUUGAUGGCAAGCAAACUGAUAAAGAAAUAAUUGAAUGCUGGCACCAAGAAAAAGAAACACUGGAUGCUCUAACAAAGGCAGAGAAUAUGACAGAAGAGCUCAAGACUCAGUUAAAUGACCUUUGUAGAUUUUCCAGGGAUCUGAGUACCUAUUCUACAAAAGUUUCAGGGUUAAUUAAAGAGUACAAUAGCCUCUGUCUACAAGCUUCAAAGGGCUGUCAGAAUAAAGAACAGGUUUUGCAGCAGAGAUUCCGGACAGCUUUCAGGGACUUCCAACAGUGGCUGGUCAGUUCAAAAAUCACCACCGCCAAAUGUUUUGACGUGCCUCAAAAUAUCAAUGAAGCACUGGCAAGUCUACAGAAAAUACAGGAAUCCUUAUCUGAAAGCGAAAAUGGCCAGCAUAAACUAAACAUUGUGGUGUUCAAGGGAGAACUGCUGACCACUAUUCUGCCCCAAGAAAAGGCUAAAGUUAUCCAAGCCAAAGUUGUUACUGCUAAAGAAGACUGGAAAAAUUUUCUCUCCACCCUGCACCAGAAGGAAUCUGCUUUGGAGAACUUAAAGAUCCAGAUGAAGGACUUUGAAACAAGUGCUGAGCCUCUCCAGGACUGGCUGAACACAACUGAGAAGACGGUGCAAGAAAGCAGUAGUCGACUUCAUGACCUCCCUGCAAAGAGGAGAGAACAACAAAAGUUACAGUCUGUCCUUGAGGAAAUAAGCUGCCACGAACCUCAGCUCAACAGGCUAAAAGAGAAAGCUCAGCAGCUGUGGGAGGAGCAAGCUGCCAGCAAAAGCUUUAUGCGCAGAGUGUCUCAGCUAUCUUCUCAAUACCUAGCUCUAAGCAAUCUAACAAAGGAGAAGGUUUCCAGAAUGGAUAGGAUUGUCGCAGAGCACCAUCAGUUCUCUCACGGCAUAAAAGAACUCCAGGACUGGAUGGCUGAUGCAGUUCAUAUGCUGGAAUCUUACUGUCUCCCUACAGCUGACAAAAGUGUUCUAGACAGCAGAAUGUUAAAGCUGGAGGGACUGUUAUCGGUGAAGCAGGAGAAGGAAAUCCAGAUGAAAAUGAUGCUGACAAAAGGAGAAUCUGUUCUGAAAAACACUUCUCCAGAAGGAGUGCCUGUCAUUGAACAACAGUUACAAACACUUAAGGAAACAUGGGCUUCUCUCUUGUCCUCUUGCAUUCACUGUAAAAGUCAGCUGGAAGGAGCUCUGUCCAAAUGGACAAGUUACCAGGAUGAUGUUCAUAAAUUUUCCAUCUGGAUGGACAAAGUAGAAGCAAGCAUGAAUGCUUCUGAGAGACAGUGUGCAGAGCUGAGGGAAAAAACAGCUGUCCUCAGCAAAGCAAAGUUACUCAGUGAAGAAGUGUUGAGUCACAGCAGUCUACUAGAGACUAUUGAAGCAAAAGGCACUGGCAUGACUGAGCAUUAUGUAACCCAGCUUGAACUCCAGGACCUCCAAGAACGAUACAGAUUCCUCAAAGACAGGACAAUGGAGGCUGUAACCAAAUCUGAGAAACUGCUUCACUUACAUCAUGAGUACCAAAGAAAACUGAAGGCCUUUGAAAUAUGGCUGGAAAAGGAACAGGAAAAACUUGAAUGUUUAUCAUACCUUGAAGGUGAUGCUCAGACACAUGAGUCAACACUCCGGGACCUACAGGAACUACAGGUCAAUUGUGCAGAGGGACAGGCAUUACUAAAUGCAGCACUCCAUGGCAGGGAGGAGGUGAUACCUUGGGGCAUACCCCAGACAGAAGACAGAGCACUGGAGUCAAUGCGACAGGAUUGGCAGGUUUACCAGCACAGGCUUUCUGAGGCCAGGACCCAGCUAAACACCACUCUGAACAAACUGAGGUUAAUGGAGAAAAAGUUUCAGAAGGUAGAUGACUGGCUUAAGACGCUGGAGGAGAAAGUUAAUAUCAGGACUGGGCGGCAGUCUGACAGAGCAACAAAGGAGAUGCAGCUACAGCAAAUGAAGAAAUGGCAUGAAGAAAUAACAAUCUACAAAGAUGAUGUUGAGGAAGUUGGGGUAUUAGCUCAGCAAAUCCUGGAGGAAAGUCAUACCACCAGUAGAAUGGGAAAUCAAGCUACCCAGCUUACCUCUCGGUACCAAGCUCUUAUCCUUCAUGUACUGGAACAAAUAAAGUUCCUGGAAGAAGAGAUUCGAACUAUGGAGGAGUCAGAAUUAGCUUUCUGCACUUACACAGAUUGGUAUGGAGCCACUAGCCAGAACUUUAAAAAUGUGGUAACCAAGACUGUGGAUAAAACAGCAAUGGAUAAGAAAAUGCAGAAAUUGGAGCUUCUUUUGAGUGACAUGGAUGUAGGCCACAAUUUGCUGAAAUGUGCCCGUGAGAAAGGUGAUCAGGCUAUUAAAUACGUGGAAGGAAAUAAAGCUGACCAGUUAAGAAAAGAGAUCAGUGAUUACAUGGAGCAGCUUGGAGAGCUGGCCAGCUCUAUCAGGAAGGAGCAUAUGGCCUUAGAGAAGUGCCUCCAGUUGUCAAAGGAAUUCUCGGACAAGUACAAGGCACAGACUCAGUGGCUGACAGAGUACCAAGCCAUAUUGCACACUCAAGUGGAGCCCAAAACUGAAUUAUAUGAAAAGAAGGCCCAGUUAUCCAAAUACAAGUCAGUACAACAGACGGUGCUGUCCCACGAGCCUUCCAUAAAAUCAGUGACUGAAAAAGGAGAAGCCCUUCUUGAACUUGUGCAUGACGUUACUUUAGGGGACAAAAUUCAGAAACUUCAGGCCAAUUACCAGGAACUCUGCAAUGCGGCAAAGGCACAUGCUGAAAGCUUGGAGGUGAAAGUAAAAGAGCAUGAAGAUUAUAACUGUGACUUACAAGAAGUGGAAAAGUGGUUGUUACAGAUGUCCAGCAGGCUGGUCGCUCCUGACCUUAUGGAGAGCAGCAGUGUAGAAAUAAUAACUCAGCAACUAGCCAACCACAAGGCAAUGAUGGAAGAGAUUGCAGGAUUUGAAGACCAUUUGAACAGCCUUAAAAAUAAAGGUGACUAUUUGAUCAAUCAAUGUGCAGAACAUCUUCAAGCAAAAUUUAAGCAAAACACACAAACCCAUCUACAGGGGACAAGGGACAGUUAUUCAGCCAUAUGUAGUACAGCUCAGAGAGUGUACCAGAGUUUGGAACAUGAACUCCAGAAGCAUGUUAACCAUCAGGAUACUCUACAACAGUGUCAGGCUUGGCUCUCUACAGUUCAGCUAGAGUUAAAACCAAGCAUGUGGCCACCUUUCGGUCUGGCAGAUGCAGUUAAGCAGGUUAAACAUUUCCGAGCUCUGCAGGAACAGGCAAGCACAUACUUGGAUCUCUUGUGCUCUAUGUGCGAUUUGUCAGACACCAAAGUGAAGAAUACAGCAACAGACAUUCAGCAAGCAAAGCAAACGAUCGAGAAGCAGAUAAUGCACUCACAGUACCUGGCUCAGAGUUGGGAAGAGAUCAAACAAAUGAAGGCUGAGCUUUGGAUAUAUUUCCAGGAUGCAGACCACCAACUACAGAAUAUGAAGAGGAGAUGGGCAGAACUGGAACUAAACGUUGCCCAGAACAUGGUUUUGCAGGCUAAGGAAUUCAGUCAGAAGCUGCAUUCUAAAGAGGCAGCUCUUACUGCUGUGACUGAAAAGGUGAAUAAACUAACACAAGGACAGGAGUCUCCUGAGCAUAAGGAAAUAGGUCACUUCAGCAACCAGUGGCUGGACCUCUGCCUUCAGGCAAACAAUUUGCUUAUACAACGGGAGGAGGAUCUUCAGAGGACAAGGGAUUACCAUGAUCGCAUGAAUGUAGUAGAAAUCUUCUUGCAAAAGUUUACAAAGGAAUGGGACAACCUGGCCAGAUCAGAUGCUGAAAGUACGACUGUACACCUUGAGGCUCUGAAAAACUUAGCAUUGGCUCUGCAGGAGAGGAGAUUUGCCCUUGAAGACCUGAAAGACCAGAAACAGAAAAUGAUGGAACAUCUGAAUCUAGAUGACAAAGAAUUAGUGAAAGAGCAGACUGGUCAUUUUGAACAACGCUGGUCUCAGCUGGAGGACCUAGUCAAGAAAAAAAUCCAGGUUUCUGUCACAACCUUAGAGGAACUGAGUUUGGUGCAUUCUAAGUUUCAGGAACUGAUGGAGUGGGCAGAAGAGCAGCAGCCUAGCAUCACUGAGCCUCUUAAACAAAGCCCUCCUCCAGACCUGGCUCAGAGCCUUCUCAUGGAUCAUCUCACCAUUUGCAGUGAACUGGAAGCCAAACAGGUUGUUCUUAAAGCACUCAUAAAGGAUGCUGACAGGGUGAUGACCAACCUUGGCCUUAAUGAAAGGCAGAUCCUCCAGAAGUCCCUUUCAGAUGCACAGAAUCACAUGGAUUGUCUUAGUGAUCUGGUUGGCCAGAGGAGAAAAUACCUGAAUAAGUCAUUAUCUGAAAAGACUCAGUUCCUCAUGGCAGCUUUUCAAGCUACAAAUCAAAUUCAGCAAUAUGAGAAAAAGAUAAUGUUCCAUGAACAUAUCUGUCUGUUGCCAGAAGAUGUGAGCAAACAGAUCAGGACUUGUAAGAGUGCCCAAGCUAGCCUGAAGGCCUGUCAGAGUGAAAUAACUGGGCUGUGGGCUCAGGGAAGGGAUUUAAUGAAAGAAACAAUGGAACAAGAAAAGAAUGAGGUGUUGAACAAACUCCAGGAAUUACAGAAUGUGUAUGACACUGUUUUACAAAAGUGUAGCCAGCAACUGGUAGAACUGGAGAAAAAUAUGGUUUCAAGGAAAUAUUUCAAGGAAGAUUUGGAUAAAGCUUCUCAUUGGAUAAAACAAGCUGAUAUUGUCACAUUUCCAGAAAUAAAUUUAAUGAAUAGUAACUCUGAAUUAUACUCACAGCUGGCAAAGUAUCAGCAGAUUCUUGAGCAGUCUCCUGAAUAUGAAAAUCUUUUACUUACACUGGAAAAGGAUGGUCAGGAGAUCUUGCCAUCGCUUAAUGAAGUGGAUCAUUCUUACCUGGAAGAAAAACUGAAUGCCCUGCCACAGCAAUUUAAUAUUGUUAUUGCCUUAGCCAAAGAUAAGUUCUGUAAGGUUCAGGAAGCAAUUCAUACUCGCAAAGAAUAUGCUUCAUUGAUUGAGUUGACAACUAAGGCUCUAACUGAACUGGAAGAUCAGUUUUUAAGCAUGAACAAAGCUCCUGCGGUUCUUUUAUCCAAAGAAAGUGUGUCACUCCAGAAGGAGUACAAAGCUCUCUUAGGUGAAGUAGUGAACCUUGGUGCAGCAGUGGAUGAAUUGAACCAGAAAAAGGAGGCUUUUCGAAGCACUGGCCAACCAUGGAAACCUGAAGAGAUGUUAAAACUCACCACCCUGUAUCAGAAGCUGAAAAGGCAAAUAGAACAGAGAGUUAAUCUUUUGGAGGACACUAUAGAGGCCUACAAGGAACAUGAGGAAAUGUGCCUGCAGCUUGAGACACAAUUAGAGGCAGUGAAGAGAGAGCAGAUGAAGGUGAAUGAAGAAACGCUCCCAGCAGAGGAGAAACUGAAAAGCUACCAUUCUCUGGCUGGUAGCCUGCAAGAGACAGGGAUUCUUUUGAAGCGAGUUACUGAACAUCUGGAAGCACUUUGUCCUCAGCUUGACCCAUCCACCUAUGAGACGGCAAAUCAUCAGGUACAGUCUUGGCAAGAGAAAAUGAAGUUGUUGCAUGCUGCCAUUGGUGACACAGUGAUGGAGUGUGAAAACAGGCUGGUGCAAAGCAUAGACUUCCAGACUGAGAUCUGCCGUUCACUUGAGUGGCUGAGAUGGGUGAAAGCAGAACUUAAUGGAACGUUAAGCUUGGACCCAAAACUGCAAAACAUUCAGGAAGAGAUCCGAAAAGUUCAGAUUCAUCAGGAAGAAGUGCAGUCAAGCCUGAGAAUAAUGAAUGCACUGAACCGUAAAGAAAAGGAGAAGUACGUGAAGGCUAAAGAACUGAUACCUGCUGACUUGGAGAACAGCCUCGCUGAGCUAUCGGAACUAGAUGGUGAAGUUCAAGAAGCCAUUCAUAUAAGGCAGGCUGUUUUGACUAAACUCUAUAGCCUAUGCCAAAGGUACUAUCAAGUGAUACAAACAGCUGGUGACUGGCUUGAGGAUGCCCAGCAAUUGCUACAUUUGGCAAGGAAUGGUCUGGAUGUGGAGAGCUCUGAGGAGAACCUGAGGAAUCACACUGAAUUUUUCAGCACAGAAAACCAAUUCCUUGGUCAUCUGAAGGAGCUACAAGCCCUAAUAUCUGAGAUGGAACCAUUUAUCCAGGCCACAACAAGAGAGGAGCUGUUACAGAAUAUAGCUGUUUUAGAAGAAAAGGGCAAGGAAACCAAACAAGAAUCUGAAACCCAGCAGGAUCAACUGCAGAAGCAUACGUCUCAGUGGCAGGAGUACCAGACAGCAAGGCAGCAGGUUAUUGAAUUGAUGAAUGAGGCUGAGGAGAAAUUAUCUGAGUUCUCUGUAGCCAAGGCUCCUUCUGGUCAUGAAGCAGAACAGAAAUUGUUAGCACAUAAGUCCCUGGUGUCUAUGGUAAAUGCCUUCCAUGGGAAGAUCACAGCUCUGGAGGAAAAGGCCUCUCAGCUGGAAAAAAUCGGAAGUGAUGCCAGUAAGGCAACCAUAAGCAGGUCAAUGACAACUGUCUGGCAGCGCUGGGCACGGCUCCGGAGUGUAGCCCAAGAGCAGGAGAAGAUAUUGGAAGAUGCAGUGCAGAAGUGGAAAUGCUUUAAUGAUAAGAUUCAGAAAGCCACCAUAAUGAUAGAUCAGCUACAGGGUCACUUACCAGAGAGCUCAGUUGAGAAGGCAUCAAAGACAGAGCUUCUGGAUCUUCUGGGUUACCACAGCACUUUCAUUCUGGAGCUGGAGCAGCAGCUGUCCUCUUUGGGUCUGCUCAAGCAGCAUGCAGUGAGCAUGCUCCAGGAUGUGGAAAUGGAGACUUCUUCUGAAGAGGAUCUACCAUUCAUGCAAGAAAUCAAAGCAAUGCAAGACCGAUGCCACAACAUGCAACAGAAGGUGAAGAAAAGUGGGAAGUUGGUGAAACAGGAACUCAAGGAGCGUGAGGAGGUGGAGCUACAGAUUAAUAUAGUGAAGUCUUGGAUUCAGGAAACUAGAGAAUAUUUGCUAAACCCCACCAUGGAAGUAGAUGCUCAACUUGAGGAGUUGCAGGCUCUCCUCAGUGAAGUAACUACUCACCGCCAAGCUGUUGAGAAAAUGGCCGAACAGCAGCAGAAUAAGUACCUGGGACUUUACACCAUUUUACCUUCUGAACUGUCUCUUCAGUUAGCAGAAGUGGGACUGGCCCUGGUAACUAUACAUGAUCAGAUUCAAGCCAAAGAGAAGGAAGUCCAGCAGAGCAAAACGUUAAACCAAGAAUUUGGUCAGAAAAUCCAGAUGAUAGCAAAAGAACUAAAUGGAAUUCUGUCCAAGCUGAAGGAGAAGACAAAUAAUAUAGCACAAGCUAAAAUAGAUCAAAAGAUCCUAGGUGAGGAAUUGGACAGCUGCAAUAUAAAGCUGGUGGAACUGGACGCAUCUGUACAAGAUUUCGCAGAGCAGAACAACCAGCUGGCUAAACAGCUGGCUAAUAGGAUAGGGAAACUGACUGGGCUACACCAACAGACCAUUCGGCAGGCUGAGUACAGAGCAGCCAAACUCAACCAGGCUGCUUCACACUUGGAAGAAUACAGUGAGAUGCUGGAGUUCAUACUGAAAUGGAUCGAGAAAGCUAAGAGUCUAGUGCAUGGUAGCAUCACGUGGAAUUCUGCCUCCCAGCUUCGUGACCAGUUUAUGGCAUAUCAGACCAUGCUUGAGGAAUCUGGAGAGAUUCAUGGUGAUCUCGAGUCCAUGAAUGAGAAGAUAGAAUAUCUUUCAAGCGUUUACUAUACUGAAGGGAUGACUCGGCAAGUGUCGGAACUGAGGCGGCAGAUGGAAGAGCUACAGCAAAUUAUCAAACUGCGGCUCCAAAAUCUCCAGGAUGCAGCCAAGGAUAUGAAGAAAUUUGAAGCUGAGGUGAAAAUUCUACAGGCUGCUUUGGAACAAGCCCAAGCUACCCUGACCUCUCCAGAGCUUGGGCGUUUGAGUCUAAAAGAACAGCUAUCUCACAGACAGCAUUUGCUGUCUGAAAUGGAGUCACUGAAGCCAAAGGUUCAUGCCAUGCAGGUCUGCCAGAGUGCCUUAAGGAUGCCUGAAGAGGUGGUCACCAGCCUGCAGAUAUGUCACACUGCUCUCAGACUUCAGGAGGAAGCCAGCCGUCUGCAGCACAUGGCUAUCCAGCAAUGCAAUAUAAUGCAGGAAGCAGCGGUACAGUAUGAGCAAUACGAACAAGAGAUGAAGCAUUUACAGCAAAUGAUAGAGGGUGCCCACCGUGAGAUCCAAGACAAACCUGUUGCAACCAGUAACAUACAGGAGCUGCAGGCCCAGAUUUCACGCCAUGAGGAGCUGGCACAGAAGAUUAAAGGAUAUCAAGAUCAAAUAGCCUCUUUGAAUUCCAAAUGCAAGAUGCUAACAAUGAAAGCCAAACAUGCCACUAUGCUGUUGACAGUGACAGAAGUGGAAGGGCUGUCAGAAGGACUGGAGGAGCUGGACUCAGAACUCCUCCCAACACACUCAGCUCAUCCCUCUGUGGUUAUGAUGACUGCUGGUCGCUGUCACACACUACUCUCACCUGUCACUGAGGAGUCUGGGGAGGAGGGAACCAACAGUGAGAUUUCUUCUCCACCUGCCUGUCGCUCUCCUUCACCUGUGGCUAAUCCAGAUGCUUCUGUUAACCAGGACAUUGCUUAUUACCAUGCCUUAUCUGCUGAACAGUUGCAGACAGAAGCUGCCAAGAUUCAGCCCAGCACCUCAUCCACUCAGGAGUUCUAUGAGCCAGGCUUAGAGUCAGCUGCUAGUGCCAAACUGGAUGAUUUGCAGCGUUCUUGGGAAACACUUAAGAAUGUGAUAAGUGAAAAGCAGCGCACCCUCUAUGAAGCUCUUGAACGCCAGCAGAAAUACCAAGACUCACUCCAGUCCAUAUCCGCAAAAAUGGAGACCAUUGAGGUGAAGCUGAAUGAAAGUUUGGAACCUGGCAAGAGCCCAGAGAGCCAGAUGGCUGCACAUCAGGCAUUGAUGGAUGAGAUUCUGAUGUUACAAGAUGAAAUCAGUGAGCUUCAAACAUCAUUAGCAGAGGAAUUGGUGUCAGAAUCACUAGACACAGAUGCUGCUGAGCAGUUGGCUUUGCAGUCCACGCUCACUGUCCUGGCAGAGAGAAUGGCCACUAUUAGAAUGAAAGCUUCUGGAAAACGACAACUGCUAGAGGAAAAACUCAAUGAGCAGCUAGAAGAACAGCGACAAGAGCAAGCCCUGCAGAGAUAUCGCUGUGAAGCUGAUGAGCUUGACCAUUGGCUACUCAAUACCAGAGCCUCUUUGGACACCACUUUGAUUACUUCUGAGGAACCCAUGGACAUGGAUGCUCAACUGGGUGACUGUCAGAACAUGCUGGUGGAAAUAGAACAGAAAGUGGUGGCCUUGUCAGAGCUCUCCGUGCACAAUGAGAACCUGCUCAUGGAAGGAAAGGCGCACACAAAGGAUGAGGCAGAGCUAUUGGCCGUAAAGCUCAGAACUUUAAAGGGAAGCCUUCUGGAGCUGCAGAGAGUGCUGCAUGACAAACAAAUCAACAUUCAACAGGGAGCUUUACAAGACAAGGAGGAGUGUGAAUUGGACCUGGUAUCCUCACACAGUCCCAGUGUCCAAGAAUGGCUGGCACAAGUACAAACAACCCGUUCCCAGCAGCAACAGAGCAACCUCCAGCAACAGAAAGAGCUGGAACAAGAGCUGGCAGAGCAGAAGAACCUGCUUCGUUUAGUAGCAAGCCGUGGAGAAGAAAUCCUAACCCAACACUCUGCUCCAGAUGGCCGUCAAGCUAGUGAGAAGCCUGAUGUGUUAUCUCAGGAGUUAGGCUUGGAAGGUGAGACUCCGUCAGCUGAAGAUCAAAUGAAAAUGAAAUGGGAAAGCUUGCACCAGGAAUUCAGCACCAAACAGAGACUGCUGCAGAAUGCUUUGGAACAGGAAGAGGCACAGCCGCUUUACAGCAGACCAAACAGACUGAUGUCUGGCCUACCCUUGUAUAAAGGGGAAGGAAAGGCACAAGAUAAAUCAUCAUUUGAAUCUAUACUGGUUGGUUUGAACCAGGCCUUUGAAGAUGUUUCAUCUCAGGCUGGAGGAGCAGAGAAGGAAAGCCUGCACAUGGAGCAGAAGCUGUAUGACAGCGUCACAGCCACCUCUUCUUGGCUAGAUGGAGUUGAACAAUGCUUGUUUGUUGCUACAGCCCUGCUUCCGGAAGAGACAGAAACUUGCCUGUAUAACCAGGAAUCUCUUGCCAAAGAUAUCAAAGAGAUGUCAGAAGAAAUGGAUAAGAACAAGAAUUUGUUUUCUCAAACAUUUCCUGAGAACAGUGAUAACAGGGAUGUAAUAGAGGACACUUUGGACUGUCUACUGGGGAGGCUGACCAUGCUGGAGUCAAUAGUAAACCAGAGAUGCCAUCAAAUGAAAGAGAGACUUCAUCAAAUACUCACUUUCCAGAAUGAUCUAAAGCUACUGUUUACAUCAUUGGCUGAUCACAAAUACAUAGUUCUGCAGAAACUAGCAGAGGCAGCUGAGCGACCUGAAAUGGAACAAAUGAAGGCUAUACUACAGGCAGAAGAUGGUCUGAAGGAAUUGGAUGCUGGAAUCAGCAAAUUAAAGAAACAUGGGGACAAGCUACAGAUUGACCAGCCUUCCAUGCAAGAGCUAUCUAAGCUCCAGGACAUGUAUGAUGAACUGAUGAUGAUCAUUGGAUCCAGACGCAGUGGGCUGAACCAAAAUCUGGCCCUCAAGGGUCAGUAUGAACGAGCUUUGCAGGACCUUGCUGACCUAACAGAAACUGGGCAGGAAAAGAUGGCAGGUGACCAGAAAAUUAUUGUUGCUUCCAAGGAGGAAGUCCAAAUGCUGCUAGACAAACACAAGGAAUAUUUCCAGGGUCUGGAAUCUCACAUGAUCCUGACAGAAACGCUGUUUAGGAAGAUAAGCAGUUUUGCCCUCCUGAGGGAAACCCAGUCACAUACGAAACAGACGGCACAAGCCUCCACUGUGUUAAAACAAGCUCAUAAGCGGGGUGUUGAGCUGGAAUACAUUCUAGAGACCUGGACACACCUGGACGAGGACUAUCAGGAACUGACCAGACAGCUGGAGGCUGUUGAAAGUAGCAUCCCUAGUGUUGGUUUGGUUGAGGAGACAGAGGAAAGGCUUACAGAUCGGAUCACGCUUUAUCAGCGCCUGAAAUCUAGCCUGACUGAAUACCAGCCCAAGCUUUACCAGGUGUUGGAUGAUGGGAAAAGACUACUUUUUUCUAUCAGCUGUUCAGCUCUAGAAAGUCAACUGAACCAGUUAGGAGAGCACUGGUUAAACAACACCAGCAAAGUGACCAAGGAACUGCACAGACUGGAGACUAUACUAAAGCACUGGACAAGAUAUCAGAAUGAAUCAGUUGAGCUGAUUCAUUGGUUACAGUCGGCAAUGGACCGGCUGGAGUUCUGGACUCAGCAGUCAGUGACAGUCCCUCAAGAACUUGAAAUGGUGCGAGAUCAUCUGAAUGCUUUUUUGGAGUUUUCAAAAGAGGUUGAUGCCAAAUCAUCCCAGAAAUCUUCUGUUUUAAGCACUGGGAACCAGCUCCUUCGGCUAAAGAAAGUGGAUACAGUGGCACUGCGUGCAGGACUGUCUCAGAUCGACAGCCAGUGGAUAGAGUUACUUACACAAAUUCCAGUAGUACAAGAAAAACUGCAUCAGCUUCAGAUGGACAAGCUUCCUUCUCGUCAUGCCAUUACUGAACUCAUGAGUUGGAUUUCACUAAUGGAAAAUAUCAUUCAGGAGGAUGAGGAGAAUAUAAAAAAUGUAGUAGGACAUAAAGCCAUUCAGGAUUAUCUACAGAAGUACAAGGGCUUUAAAAUUGAUGUAAAUUGCAAACAGUUGACAGUAGACUUUGUGAACCAGUCCGUACUACAGAUUAGCAGCCAGGACGUGGAAAGUAAACGCAGUGACAAGACUGAUUUUGCAGAACAGCUUGGAGCAAUGAACAGACGUUGGCAGAUCCUCCAGAGCCUGAUAACAGAAAAGAUCCAGCUGUUGGAAAGCCUGCUGGAGUCCUGGACAGAAUAUGAAAACAAUGUGCAGUGCUUGAAAACUUGGUUUGAUACCCAAGAGAAGAGAUUGAAGAAACAACAGAGAAUUGGAGAUCAGGCUUCAGUCCGGAAUGCCAUGAAAGACUGUCAGGAGUUGGAAGAGUUGAUAAAAGCAAAGGAAAAAGAAGUCGAGAAAAUAGAACAGAGUGGCCUUUCCUUGGUCCGGAAUAAGAAGGAAGAAGUCUCUACUGUUGUCAUGAGUACCCUGCAAGAACUUAACCAUUCCUGGGCCAAUUUGGACCACAUGGUCGGCCAGCUGAAGAUAUUGUUGCAGUCUGUGCUUGAUCAAUGGAGCAUUCACAAAGUGGCUUAUGAAGAACUGAAUAGUUACCUGAUGGAAGCUAGAUAUUCUUUGUCCCGCUUUCAUCUCCUCACAGGUUCCUUGGAAGCAGUGAAAGUCCAAGUCGAUAACCUUCAGAGCCUGCAGGAUGAGUUGGAAAAGCAAGAGAACAGCUUACGGAAGUUUGGUUCAGUGACAAACCAGUUAUUGAAAGAGUGUCACCCACCAGUCACUGAAACACUUUCUGACUCUCUGAAAGAAGUCAAUAUGAGGUGGAAUAACCUUUUGGAAGAGAUUGCAGAGCAGCUACACUCGAGUAAGGCCCUGCUUCAGCUCUGGCAGAAGUACAAAGACUAUUACAGCCAGUGCUGCUCCUCAGUCCAGCAGCAUGAGGACCAAACCAAUGAGCUGUUGAAGACAGCCACUAACAAGGACAUAGCUGAUGAUGAAGUCACUACUUGGGUUCAGGAUUGCAAUGAUCUAUUGAAAUGCCUGGGGACAGUGCAGGAUUCUCUGUUUGUUCUUCAUGAACUUGGAGAGCAGCUUAAGCAACAAGUGGAGACUUCUGCAGUAGCAGCUAUUCAGUCUGAUCAACUCUCCCUGAGCCAAAACUUGUCAGCCUUAGAGCAGGCUCUCAUCAGGCAAAAGGCUAUACUUCAGGCUGGAAUUCUAGACUAUGAGACAUUUGCUAAGAGCCUAGAAGGUCUGGAGGCCUGGAUAACAGAAGCUGAAGAAAUGUUGAAAGGACAAGACCCCAGUCAUUCAUCUGACCUCUCUACAAUCCAGAAUAGGAUGGAAGAACUCAAAAGCCAGAUGUUAAAGUUCAGUAGCAUGGCACCGGACUUGGACCGUCUGAAUGAACUGGGUUACAGGCUACCCCUGAAUGAUAAAGAAAUCAAAAGGAUGCAGAAUCUGAACAGGCGGUGGUCCACAAUCUCAUCUCAGACGACAGAAAGAUUCAGUAAGCUGCAGUCUUUCUUGCUGCAACACCAGACCUUUUUGGAUAAAUGUGAGAGUUGGAUGGAAUUUCUGGUUCAGACUGAGCAGAAACUGGCUGCAGAGAUUUCAGGAAACUACCAGAGUUUGUUGGAGCAACAGAGGGCACACGAGCUGUUCCAGGCAGAGAUGUUCAGUCGCCAGCAGAUUUUACAUUCAAUCAUCACUGAUGGGCAGCACCUACUAGAGCAGGGACAGGUGGAUGACAGGGAUGAGUUUAAUCUGAAACUGACGCUGCUCAGUAAUCAGUGGCAAGGAGUGAUUCGCAGGGCACAGCAGAGGAGGGGAAUCAUUGACAGCCAGAUCCGCCAAUGGCAGCGUUACAGAGAGAUGGCAGAAAAACUACGCAAAUGGCUGGUGGAAGUGUCCUAUCAGCCAGUGAGUGGACUGGGUGGUGGUCCUAUUCCACUGCAGCAAGCCAGAGCCCUGUUGGAUGAAGUGCAGCUUAGAGAGAAAGUUCUCCUACGGCAACAAGGGAGUUACAUUUUAACUGUGGAAGCUGGGAAGCAGCUGCUGCUCUCUGCUGAUAGUGGAGCUGAAGCAGCCCUGCAGACAGAACUCACAGAAAUUCAGGAGCACUGGAAAUUAGCCACCAUUCGUCUUGAGGAACAGAAGAAACAGCUCACCUUCCUACUGAAAGACUGGGAAAAGUGUGAAAAGGGCAUAAAAGACUCCCUGGAGAAACUAAGAUCCUUCAAGAAAAAGCUUUCUCAGCCAUUGCCUGAUCACCACGAUGAGCUGCAUACAGAGCAGAUUCAUUGCAAGGAGCUAGAAAAUGCUGUUGAAGGGUGGACGGAUGACCUUGCGCAUCUGACACUGCUGAAGGAGACUCUAGCUACUUACAUCAGUGCUGAUGAUAUCUCAAUCCUCAACGAGCGCAUUGAGCUUCUGCACAACCAAUGGGAGGAGCUGUGCCACCAGAUCUCCUUGCGGGGGCAGCAGGUGAAUGAGAGACUGAAUGAGUGGGCGGUCUUCAGUGAGAAGAACAAGGAGCUCUGUGAGUGGCUGACACAAAUGGAGAGUAAGGUGUCUCAAAAUGGAGACAUCCUCAUUGAAGAGAUGAUAGAGAAACUCAAGAAGGAUUAUCAAGAUGAAAUUGCCAUGGCCCAAGAGAAUAAAAUCCAGCUCCAGCAAAUGGGAGAGCGUCUUGCCAAAGCCAGUCAUGAGAGCAAAGCAUCAGAAAUCGAAUAUAAACUUGGCAAGGUCAAUGACAGAUGGCAACACCUUCUGGAUCUGAUUGCAGCCAGGGUGAAGAAGUUGAAGGAGACCCUGGUUGCUGUGCAGCAGCUGGAUAAGAACAUGAACAGCUUGAGAUCCUGGCUCGCUCAUAUUGAGUCAGAGCUGUCCAAACCCAUUGUCUACGAAACCUGUGAUUCCGAGGAGAUACAAAGGAAACUGAAUGAGCAGCAGGAACUCCAGAGGGACAUAGAGAAACACAGCACUGGAGUUGCAUCUGUUCUCAACCUGUGUGAGGUACUUCUCCAUGACUGUGAUGCUUGUGCCACAGAAACAGAGUGCGACUCCAUCCAGCAGGCCACCCGGAACCUGGACAGAAGAUGGAGAAACAUCUGUGCAAUGUCAAUGGAAAGGCGACUUAAAAUUGAAGAGACGUGGCGACUGUGGCAGAAGUUCUUAGAUGACUAUUCUCGUUUUGAAGACUGGCUGAAAAUUUCAGAGAGGACAGCUGCCUUUCCUAGGUCCUCUGGUGUGCUGUAUACGGUUGCCAAGGAAGAGCUAAAGAAAUUUGAGGCCUUCCAAAGACAAGUGCAUGAAAGUCUGACACAGCUGGAACUGAUUAAUAAACAGUACCGCCGCCUGGCCCGAGAAAACCGCACUGACUCUGCUUGCAGCCUCAAACAGAUGGUCCAUGAAGGGAACCAGAGAUGGGACAACUUACAAAAACGAGUCACUUCCAUCCUGCGCAGGCUAAAACAUUUUAUUGGCCAGCGUGAGGAGUUUGAGACAGCACGAGACAACAUUCUGGUCUGGCUAACAGAGAUGGAUCUGCAGUUGACCAAUAUUGAACAUUUCUCAGAGUGCGACGUCCAAGUAAAGAUAAAGCAACUCAAGGCUUUCCAGCAAGAGAUCUCUCUGAACAACAAUAAAAUUGAUCAGAUAAUUGUCCAGGGUGAGCAGCUGAUAGAGAAAAGCGAACCCAUAGAUGCAGCUGUCAUUGAAGAAGAGCUGGAUGAGCUCCGGCAUUACUGUCAAGAGGUCUUUGGUCGUGUGGAACGCUACCACAAGAAAUUGAUCCGCCUUCCUCUGACAGAUGAUGACCAUGACCUCUCUGACAGAGAGAUGGAUCUGGAUGAAUCAGCAGAUCUCUCUGACAUACACUGGCACGACAAAUCUGCAGACAGCAUUCUCUUCCCACACCCCUCCUCCAACCUCUCACUGUCACUUGCCCAACCGAUGAGAAGUGAGCGGUCAGGGCGGGAUACUCCUGCAAGUGUAGAUUCCAUCCCCUUGGAAUGGGAUCAUGACUAUGACCUCAGUCGGGACUUGGAGACAGCCGUUUCGAGGGCACUGCACUUAGAGGAGGAAGAAGGACAAGAAGACAAAGAUUUCUAUCUUAGAGGAGCAGCUAGUAUAGCAGAUGUAGAGAUCCCAGAAAGCCCCGAGGCCUAUGUAAAACUUACUGAAAAUGCACUCAGAAAUAUCUCUGGAGAACCAGGUGCCUUGGAAACACACAUCCGUCAGCUGGACAAGGCCUUAGAUACUAGUCGUUUCCAAAUACAGCAAACAGAAAACAUCAUUCGCAGCAAAACACCCACAGGACCGGAACUAGAUUCUAGUUACAAAGGAUAUAUGAAGCUACUGGGUGAGUGCAGUGGCAGCAUAGACUCAGUAAAAAGGCUUGGUUACAAACUGAAAGAGGAAGAGGAGAAGCUCUCUGGAUUUAUAAACCUGAACAGUACUGAAACACAAACAGCUGGUGUGAUUGAUCGCUGGGAGUUAAUCCAGGCCCAAGCUCUAAGCAAGGAACUGAGAAUGAAACAGAACCUUCAGCAGUGGCAGCAGUUCAACUCUGACCUGAACAACAUUUGGGUUUGGUUAGUGGAGACUGAAGAGGAGCUAGAGAAACUCUGUCAUCUUGAUCUCAGCACUGACAUACAAACCAUUGAGCUCCGAAUUAAAAAAUUGAAAGAGUUGCAGAAAGCUGUUGAUAACCGCAAAGCUAUUGUCCUGUCCAUCAACCUGUGCAGCUCUGAAUUCACUCAAUCUGAUAGUGAAGAAAGCAAUAAGCUGCAGGAGCGUCUAUCUCAGAUGAACAUGCGCUGGGACCAUGUAUGCAGUAUGAUUGAAGAAUGGCGUUGCUCACUGCAGGAUGCGCUAAUGCAAUGUCAGGAUUUCCAUGAAAUGAGCCAUGGUUUGCUGCUUUGGUUGGAGAACAUUGACAGAAGAAAAAAUGAGAUCUUGCCUAUUAAUCCAAACCAAGACUUGGACACUCUGCAGGAUCAUCACAGACUGCUAAUGCAAAUCAGACGCGAGUUGCUAGAGUCUCAGCUGAAAGUGGUGUCACUCCAAGAUAUGUCCUGCCAACUGCUGGUCAAUGCUGAAGGCAAGGACUGCCUGGAAGCUAAAGAGAAGGUCCAUGUUAUUGGAAACAGACUCAAGCUCCUACUGAAGGAGGUCACACAUCACAUCAAGGACCUAGAGAAAAUCUUAGACAUCUCAAGCAGUCAACUGGAUUUGUCUUCAUGGUCCUCAGCUGAUGAACUGGACACUUCAGGAUCCCUCAGUCCUGUAUCUGGAAGAAGCACACCAAGCAGACAGAAAACGCCACGGGGCAAAUAUAGUGUCUCACAGCCUGGACCCUCUGUCAGCAGUCCACCCAGCAGGUCCAUAAGAGGUGGCUCAGAUUCCUCCCAUUCUGAGACACUGGCAGCUCAGCAGCACCCGUCCUUCUUCCUGAGAGUCCUCAGAGCUGCUCUACCACUUCAGCUUCUUCUGCUGCUCUUGAUUGGUCUUGCCUGCCUUGUACCAGUGACUGAGGAGGACUACAGCUGUACCCUAUCGAAUAAUUUUGCCCGGUCCUUCCACCCCAUGUUAAGAUAUACUAAUGGCCCCCCUCCUUUAUGAAGCAGUGGAAAUGCUAUUAAAGUUGGAGAAGCAUGUCAGGAGAUGGGCCUGUUUCAAAUGUCAGUUAACUCAAUGUGGCAGCUUUAUCUAUCUACUGUAGCCAAUGUUCCCAUAUCAUUCUGCUGGCACUAAAUAAUGUAUCCGUAUCAAAAUGUGUAAUGCAUUACGUGAAUAAUAUCCUUUCAAAACUCACAUCUCUGGCACAAAGAAGGCUAUGAAAUAAGUGAGGGAAUUUUCUUUCUAUCCAACAUUCUGGAUCUUCUGGCCACUUUAUAUCUGGGUCACUGCCCUGUGCUAUGCAUAGCCCAAGGACUUUAUACUGUCAAUAGAACCUUUCCUAUGUGCGGCUCUGAAUGAGCUAUUGGCCGAUCUUUGUUAAAUAUAUUAGCAGUAUCUAACAGUAUUCAAACGAACCAGUGCUAAGGACAUUUGAAAGACUUUGUAACAUACUUUUUUUAAAGAGCUUGUAUGGCAAUGUACUAUUUUUCCUUAGUUUUUGUUUUGGGCGUGGCAUUCUAACCUUUUCUUUGGAUGCACAGGCUGUAAAUCUGAAAGGCACUUUUUUAAGGUUUAAAAAAAUGGAUGUAAUAAAUAAGAUCAUGGAAGGUUUUAUGAGAAAAAAUAUUGAAUAUCAAGUAUAAAAAGGAACCUAUUUAUGUAUGUACAGUUUGCUAAGCCAAGUUUUGUUUGUAAUGAUUUCUUUGCAUUUAUUAUAGAUACCAUACAAUAUUUUGUCUACGUGCUUUUUAAUGACAGUUAUAGAAACCUGUAAGUUUAGAAUGAGAAAUGUAUGGUAAAAACAAUUAUAAGACCAUGUAUAUGCUGCAAUUCUCAAAGAAAAAAGUAAAAUAAAAAGAAAUGCUGUAAUAAUGAA